AUGACUGGCAUGUGCCCUCGCUCGCCUCUUCACAGCAUGGGGGUUACCCGCUUCUUCAUCAUCUCCCUCCUUUUCCUUGCCUCCUCUUUGCAGAACCAAAUCUCUCAACUUCCCACAAAAAUCAAUGAAUUUUCCAAAAAUUCAGCCACCAUACAGUGCUCAGUGGAUGAGGAGACAGACAUCAGAGAGCUGUCCUUAACCUUACGUUUAGAUGGGCCACAACUGAUAUCUGUGAAGGUAGACAAGGACCUAAGCAGUUAUACACAUGAACUGACAUUUUCUGGGAAAAUUCGGAAUUUCACCACAACAGCAAACGGUUUUAAUAGCCAGGAAAUAAUGGAUUUAUCAAACUGCUAUUCUCAAACUUGUGGAGGGGAACGUAGCCCUGAUUAUAAGAGAGGGCCAGGUACCAUCUCCUGCACAGCAAAACAUGAAAACAUUGACAAGAUGGUAAUUUGCCUAGACAAUCAUCCUAUUAUAUUGCUGGAAGUAGACCAUAAAUAUACAGAUCGCCUCAGAUUUUCUGGGACUAUUCGGAAAUUCCACAUGACCCUGGAAGACCUUAGCGAAAGUGACACAAAUGGAUACAACUGUGUAGGCAAAAUGGAGGAUUCCAAAAGGCAUCUACCUGGAGGCGAAACAGUGAUCACCAUCACACAGCGUGGUAAUUCCCAUAUUGUUUCCGUUACAUGGCUUCUCAUUCUUUCUUCCCUGCUACUGAUUUGGUGGUGCUGACAAGCAAAUCCUGUACCCGGAAUAGAAAGACACCUUUGCACUUAAUGGACUGAAUGAAAUAUUAAACAGAAUUAUUGCAGCAGUAAUGUUAAAUGAAUGCUGAAACUUUUAAUUGUAAUGCAAUGGUACCAAUGGUGUGGGGUGUGAGCCAAGUGGGAAGGUCCCUAAAGGGAGAAUUUCAGUGCAAGAGCCUGGUUACUGUAAUAUUUUACUGAAAUAUUAAUAAGAAUAGUAGGAUGAACUUUGCACAUCAACUAACAUACAUUGGCACAACUGAAAUUACAUGUUUAUGGUGGUUUACGGAGGAGUUUUGGAAAAUUGUUAUUUUGUAGCAUAAACACACAGGGGCAAACUUACUAAGUGGCGAAAAUUCGUCAGCAACCGUUUCGCAGGCAGCACAAUACCUCGCAAAAAUUUGCUCAGACAACGCUAAGUCACUAACAUGCGACGUUGCGUCCAGGGCGCCAAACGCUGCCAAAGUUG